AUGCUGCAUUCGCGGGCACGUGGUCAUCCGGUGUCAGUUCAAGUCCGCGGCCGGUCCGGAGUCAGACUGAGGCCGGCGCGCUACGGAAGAAAAGACGUCGCUGACGCCGAAGCGUGCUCUCGGAGACGACGCUGCGGCCUGCUGCCUUGUUCGCUGGCAGAGAACACCAGAAGACGGAAGAAGCGGGUAUUAAGAUACUUCUGUAUACGGCAUUUCGUUCCCUUGACGGGAGAAGUGGAUUUAUCAACGGGUCACCAAGCGGAAGAGAUCAAGCUUCAAAGCGGACUGAACAUCAUAGACUUGCUAGCCAUAUUGCCUUAUUUCGUGUCCCUCUUCCUCUUAGAGACAAACAAAAACGCCACCGACCAGUUCGGAGACGUCCGGAGAGUGGUGCAGGUGUUCAGAAUCAUGAGGAUCCUUCGUAUCUUGAAGCUGGCCCGCCACUCGACAGGUCUUCAGUCCUUAGGGUUCACCCUAAGGAAUUCUUACAAAGAACUGGGACUGCUGAUGCUCUUUUUAGCCAUGGGGGUGUUAAUCUUCUCCGGUCUAGCAUAUUUCGCGGAGAAAGAUGAGCCUGGAACGAAGUUCAUCAGCAUCCUAGAGACCUUUUCGUGGACCGGAAUCACGAUGACGACUGUCGGAUACGAGGACAUCUACCCCACCACGCCGCUUGGCGUUUGCUGUAUAUGCGGUGUGUUGGUGAUUGCGCUGCGCAUUCCUAUCAUUGUUAACAAUUUUGCCGAGUUCUACAAGAACCAGAUAAGGAGGGAGAAGGCGUUGAAGAGGAGAGAGGCUUUGGAAACGGCCAAACGGGAGGGGAGCAUCGUGUCAUUCCAUCAUAUUAACCUUAGGGACUCCUUCGUCAAAAGAAAUAAGAGGAUAUCGCAUAGCUUCGAGGUACGCCUUUCUUCUGGAGAAUGUAUUGUUGACAGUCACAUGAAACCGUACAUCAUUGUAAUGCGGAUUCAGAAAAUAAGACCUACAGCAGGCUGGGGUAAAGGUGUUGCUCUUCACACAAAACUGCGGUUGAAUUGUGCAGCUCCUCAAAUGCCGCAUCACCUCUUCAUCAACGAGUUAAGUUUUGUAAUCAAUAUCGGAAGUGCGGAAGCCAGGGGGGCAUAUGCUGCAAUCUGCAAUGACGAUAUACACAACGGAGCCAUCCGGCGAUUGAAGAGAGUAGCAGUGCUUUACGACGCCAACAGAGACAGCAGGAAAGCUUCUAUUUAG